AUGAGCAAAGUCCAUCCCCCAUCCUCCAUCUCUCCCGCAUCAAUCUACGACACAACGACCAUGGCGCCUUCCACUUGGUGGGAUCCGUCCCAGAUCCGCGAGACAGUUGACCAGAGUGGUCCGCGCAAGACCGGUGGUCCCGAAAUGAUUGACCUCCGCGAGGAUAGCCCCGUCGGCUCCUCUAUCAACCAUGCAAUUGAUAUCAGCUGUGGUGACGGAGUCAAGUCUGAGGAGACAAAUUCACCCACUCGUAUGCCUUCUGUCCAGUCCACCGCCGAAGGUCAUCUCGGAAGCGACGAAAAUGUCGACUCCAAGCCCACCGUCAACAAGAGUACUACUGUCCGCUACCCCACUGGAGGUCAUCUCAGCGGUGACGAUAACGUCGAUUUUAAGUCCACCAGUGGCGACAAGCGGACCAGUACCAAACGGAAGGUUGAUGCUGUAGUCAGCGCGCGCUCCGAAGCCUGCAAGAAGAAGAGUUUGUACGCAGACGCCAGUGUCACUCUCAUCAUUUAG